CCGGCGGCGGGAGCUGCGCGGCCCCUUAUCAUGGGGACAAUACAUCUCUUUCGAAAAUCACAAAGAUCUUUCGUUGGCAAGUUAUCCCAGGAAUUUAAAUUGGUAGCAGCAGAUCGAAGGUCCUGGAAGAUCUUACUUUUUGGUGCUAUAAACUUACUGUGUACUGGAUUCCUACUUAUGUGGUGCAGUUCUACUAACAGUAUAGCUUUAACUGCCUAUACAUAUCUGACAAUCUUUGAUCUUUUCAGUUUAGUGACAUGUCUGAUAAGCUACUGGGUAAUGGUGAGGAAACCAAGCCCAGUCUACUCAUUUGGGUUUGAAAGAUUAGAAGUCCUGGCAGUAUUUGCUUCCACAGUUCUGGCACAGUUGGGAGCUCUCUUUAUAUUAAAAGAAAGUGUGGAACGUUUUUUGGAGCAGCCUGAGAUACAUACGGGACGAUUAUUAGUUGGUACUUUUGUGGCUCUCACAUUCAACUUGUUUACAAUGCUUUCUGUUAGGAAUAAACCUUUCGCUUAUGUCUCUGAAGCUGCUACUACUAGUUGGCUUCAGGAACAUGUUGCCGAUCUUAGUAGAAGUUUGUGUGGAAUCAUUCCAGGGCUUAGCAGUAUAUUCCUUCCUCGAAUGAAUCCUUUUGUCUUGAUCGAUCUUGCUGGAGCUUUUGCUCUUUGUAUUACAUACAUGUUAAUUGAAAUAAAUAAUUAUUUUGCAGUAGACACUGCUUCAGCUAUAGCUAUCGCUCUGAUGACAGUUGGUACUAUGUAUCCAAUGAGUGUGUAUAGUGGGAAGGUGUUACUCCAGACUACACCACCUCAUGUUAUUGGGCAAUUGGAUAAACUUAUCAGAGAGGUUUCUACCUUGGAUGGAGUCUUAGAAGUCAGAAAUGAGCACUUUUGGACACUGGGAUUCGGUUCAUUGGCUGGAUCAGUGCAUGUUAGAAUUCGAAGAGAUGCAAAUGAGCAAAUGGUUCUUGCUCAUGUGACCAAUCGGCUCUACACUUUGGUGUCAACUCUGACUGUUCAGAUUUUCAAAGAUGAUUGGAUGAGGCCUGCUUUAAUAUCGGGACCUGUUGCAGCCAAUAUGCUAAACCUUCCAGAUCAUCAUAUAAUUCCAAUGCCACCUUUAAAGGGUGAUGAAUUGAAUCCUCUGACAUCAACUCCAGCUAAACCUAGUACUGCACCUCCAGAAUUUUCUUUUAAUACACCAGGGAAAAAUAUGACCCCAGUUAUUCUUCUGAAUACACAAACCAGGCCUUAUGGUUUGGGCAUUAAUCAUGGAUCCACACCAUAUAGCAAUAUGUUCGGUCAAGGAUUUGGAGCACCAGGAAUGGGAGCAUCUCAAGGAUUCAGGACUGGUUUUACAAAUAUACCAAGCAAAUAUGGAACUAACAGUAGAGGGCAACCCAGACCAUAAGAAACUGCCAUUUGAUGUUAUUUAUUCUUAUUAAGGGUAUCAACUUUUUGACCUCUGGUCUUUUUAGCUGUCCAGAAAUGUCAACAUCUGAUCAUUCAUUCUAAAUAUUGGGAAUUGAUGGUCUAAUCCCCAUUUCAUGAAGCUUAUAAAACUAUAUUUUCAUAAAAUGCAUUUAAGCUAAUGAAAUUCCCCUGAAUUUGCAGAGCUUAAAUGGAUUUGCUAUAUAGAAAGUGUGUUCCUCUAAAUUCAGAUUUUGCUUCUCUUUCGUUUUUUGAAAUUGAUUGCAGUAUGAUAUUGUAAUAGCUUUAUGAGGAAUCACUUCACUGAGUGGCAACAUUUCAUUUUCUUAGUAAAAAGGUGUUUUCUUCAGUUGCGAUUAUGAAUCUGUUUCCUGAAUAAUGGUAAGAAUUUCAGGAAUGAGAAGAAAUUACCAUUAUAAAAGUAAAGGUCUCUACUACAGCUUUUCCAAAGUCAGUUAUAUUUUCUUUGGGGCCACACUAGCUUUUGGAAAUUAUUGUGUUACAAAGUAAAAUCCAAUUUUCCUUUUACUUGAAGUUUUCUAUACAUGUUUUACUGACCAAGAUUUUAAAAUGUCGUGACUAGAUUUUUAUCAUGGUUUUUAUUGUUGUUGUUGUUUAAAUUUAGCUGUCAAUAAGGAUUUUCACUAAUUUUUCUGCAAUUUAAAAUGAACCAUGCUUCUCUUCAUUACACUUUUGGUUAACUUUUUAACAAAUUAUUUGUCAGUGGGCAAUGAACAGAUUUCUAUUCUAUGAUUACUCCAGUUAGGAAUUAAUGGUGGGAACAGCCAUAAUUAUACAACUUGUAUAAUUUAUGACCCUUCUACUAGUUCAUUGUUUUGUACUUUAUGAACUUCGUUGUAUUGGCCAUAUCAUACUUCUAAAUUAGCAUUGAUAUUUUGUUUUUACGCUGUGUGAUGUCACAAAAACAAAAUGGACUUUAGAUUGUUAUACAAUAUUACAUCUCCUGAGGGCAAAAUUGUACUUUAUUGUCCUGCUUUAUCAGGAAUGGUGAAAUAGUAAUGGUGGCAAUACUUUUUAAAAUGGCAUAGUACAUUUUAUUUAUUUUGAAUGUUUUCCUUGUGUAUAUUAUGUGGACUUUCCAGUAUAGCUAGUGCUGCUUUGUAUAAAGCAUAGUAAGUAAUACCCAAAUGUUCUCUUAAACAUAGUCAACUUUAUAUGACCUCUAUGACCACUGUUUUUUAAAAAGUAUUUAAUGGGUAAAUGAAGUAAAUGAACUUCCCCAUUUGCCAGGGAUUUUCCAUUAGUUAUAAUUUGAAUGUUCCACUUGUUGCUGCUUUUAAGGAUGCAUGACCUCAACAUUUUAACGUCCAUCCACAGAAGAUUUUCAUUGAAUUCAAAAUGUUCAAGAAGACCAUCCCUCCUUCAGCAAAGUAUCAAACCUCUCCCUGUCACUGAGGGAUUAUGAGUUGGAAGCUUGGAGCAAGUAGGAAUGAAGAAGCCUCAGGAUGAGGUCUAGAGUCUGCCAAUAUCUAGAGGGAGACAACUCCGUGGAGCAGAGUUGUAUCAUCCAGUGGAAAUAGGUAGCCUCGUCCUAAUAAUUUACUUGGUGAGAAGUCAUCUGUCUUCCACAUUUAUAGUGUCAUGUAGACAGUUGGGAGUGUAGGAAAAAUCUAAUUAAAAUUGUAUAUUUCCCCUGAAGAGAAUGAGACUUACUAAAAUAAGGUAAGGUAGCUUUCCUUCUCUCUGGUCUUAUGCCAUACCACACCUAUGGCAGUGCCUAUUAAAAGGCUACCAUUACAGGAAGGGCUUACCACCAGUGACCAACCAAUUGUGCCUGUGAAUGUCUUCCAUAUCUUGAGAGGUGGUCAAAAAUAUGUUUUCCACGUGGUUUCCUCUUUCAUCCCCUGCAUACAACCUCUACUUCUAUGAGAGUAAUGGUGUUCGGGUGCUGAUCUUGAAUCUGUGUGAAGCCUACUUCUUCCACAGCCAUUCAAAUGUGGCCACCUAUAAGAGUGCCCCACCAAAGGUGCUUUAAUUACUGUUUACACUAGUUGCUAAUGGUUAUUCAAAGUUGCCUGUGGGAUGUGAAAGUAGAACUGGCUCUAUCUGCUGGUGUUUCAUUCAUGCUGCCAUCUGCUUUGGGUGAUGCUGGUCUAUUAUGCAUUUUGUUUCAAAAAGCUUAUUUUCCAGACUAUCCCACAAGAGAAACAGAAGUUUUGCUAGCAGAUGGCCUGUAAGUAACAACUUUGAUGUUGCCAUAGUGCCAACUGUAGGUAUCUAGGCAUGAAGUUUGAAAGGAUAAGUGCUUGUCAUCGAGUUUGAGUUUGGUGAACAUUUCUCUGAAGAUGUGAUCAGCAGGCAUUGAACUGAGCAGCGACCACAUGUGUAUAUCAAGGCCCCCUUGCUGAAUAAAGAAUGUUGAGCCGAGA